AUGCGUGGUAUUUUGGAGCGAGACACUCAGGUGGGACACGAGACGCAGGAUGAUACCUCCCCGUCCCCAUCAGACUAUGGUAGCUUUAGGACGUCGGAGGCAGGUGUCAAUUAUGUUAGUAGCUCGCAUUGGGCUGCUGUGCUGGAUAGUAUUACGGAUCUACGAGACCACAUCACACAGGACGACGAGGCCUAUCCUAAAGUAUUGGAUCCUGCUCCUCCAUCCACGAGCUUCCCCAAGCCUCAAUUACUUUACAGCUGUGCAUUGCACGAGAGCUCUGCCUCUAUUCUCAGCUCUCUUCCUCCCCGUCCUAUUGUUGACAGAGCUACCGCCAUUGUCAAGUAUCAGCUAAAUCUGUUGGUAUUCCAACAGUCCUUCUCCGAUACUGAUGCGCUCUUCUCACCCGAAGCCUCAGGGCAUAAAUCUCAAACUAGGGAUAGUCCAGCACUUAUCGAGAUAUACAAAGCGAAGGCCAUUCAGUGUUUACUUCUCGGUCAUUACACAAAUGGUGGACCGCACGUCUUGGAAACACUGAUCCUCUACUUUCUCAUUGAAAAUUUCUACCUCAAGGACAUGGAGAUUGGUAUUUGGGUCCUGGUUGGUCAGAUAGUCCAAAUUGCAAUCCAUAUGGGAUACCACCGCGAUGCGAAACAUUUUUCAUCAAUUUCCCCCUUUGAUGCCGAGAUGAGAAGGCGUGUCUGGGCGAUGAUCGUCCAGUUAGAUUCCAGCGUCUCCACUCAGCUAGGACUUCCUAGACUGGUGAAGGAAAGCGACACGAACACCGCCGAGCCACGGAAUCUACUUGAUUCUGACUUCGAUGAGGAUACUUCCAUAUUACCCCCAUCAAAGCCGGAGACAGAUGUGACACCUACCCUUUAUGCCCUGGCCAAGCUACGCCUACUACCAGUAGGAGCCAGUGUUGCCGAAAUAGCCAUGGAGCCGCAUUCUCAUCCAUACACCGAGAUCUUGAACAUCGAUAAGCGGAUUGACGAGGCCAGAGACAAGAUUCCAUCUAGUUUGAAAUGGACUGGACUUGCAUCAUCCCUCAAUGUUCCAUCUCAGACCAUGAUUCAAAGAAUCUGGCUCGAAGUCAUCAUCCAGGAAUUAAAGAUUGUCCUACACAGAAAAUUUUUAGAGCCCGCUCGUCUUGAUGUGCAACAUGACUACUCUCGCUUGACAUGCUUAGAUGCUGCGAUGCGCAUUUUAGAAUUGCAGCAUCUUGUUGAUGAAGAGACUCAGAUAGGCGGUCUGCUGUACCAGAGCCGCUGGAGAGUUUCAUCUGCUUUCAUCAAUGACUUCCUGCUGGCAACAAGUGUGCUUUGCUUGUAUGUUCAAACCCAUCAUAAAAAACAGGGCACAACCUGCGGCAAUUCAGGCGUCUCCGAAGCUGGGCCGGAAAUGGAUAGAAUGAAAGAUCUCCUCAGAAAGUCACAGGUUAUCUGGAAUCGUCAAUCUGCCAGCUCAAAGGAGGCUCGCAAAGCGGUUAUAGCUCUUGAUUACGUGCUAGGUGAUACUCUGGCAAGGAUUGAGCGAUCUGCAAAAGAGUUGUCCUCUGCUGCUGUUCCGACCACGUCUGUCUCUUAUUUCCCUGACUAUCCAGACUUUAUAUCGAAUUGCGAUCUUACAUGGCCCAUAUCCCCGACAAACCUGAACGAUGUCGACCAGUGGCUUGGAGGUACUGACUUCCAAGAUGUGGAUAUGACAUCCUGA